AUGAGCCUUCUACUAUCGAGUUUUUCGCUUGCGAAAAAUUUCGCAAAUUAUGAUGGCUAUUUAGUGAGCCAAAAAUUGUCCGCCUCCCCAAUUGAAUUGGCACAUCUUCUCUCAUUCGUUGCCGGUAAGAGUGAUACGAAACUCGUAGAAACAAAUUCUCUGCCAGACCUUUCUAUCGUGGAAAGCACAUUGAAAACCAUUGACAAAGCAGAUACUUCUGCUUUGGAUUCAGGUGUUAAAAGUGGAUUUAAAAUGUUGGUAGAAGAUGAAGAACUGCGGUGUUUAGUUCUUGAUAAUUUAUGGGUCAUCAUCAAAACUCUUGGCUCUGAUGGAGUCAAACAUAUGUUGAAAGCCAUUCAAGUACUCCCUGGAGUGUUAGUAGUUAUGAAUGGCAACCUUGACCCACAAUCGUUGACCCACACUGUGAAAGGUGGCUUGGAAAUGCAGGCGAUACAAUUCAAAAUGGUCAAAGAAGGAGGAAAAGGAGCAAAAGUGAUCUAUCAAAUUAUCAAACGUAUUAUUGACAUCAUCCGCAAAAAGACUCAGACAACUAUUGAAAGUCGUGAUGACUUGACACCAAAUCAAAGAGAAGAGUUGACGAAAAUUGUGAAUGCAACAACUCCAUUGGUGGAGUCUGAUGAGCCUAAUAAUGAAAAAAUUGAGGCCUUGCUUCAUACUCUAAGACCUCAGAAAUAUGUGAAAACAGACAAUGUGGCCAUUUAG